AUGUCCGCUGAUCUACUAGCAGAGUUUGGUCAGGCGCCUGCUCCGGACAAUAGGCCGGAACAGCAGCCAUCGCAAUACCACAAAAACUCAUCCUUCGACGACGAGAACAUCGAUUUCUUCGGGUCAUCGGGAAGUGUGCAGCACAACAAACGUCCCAAUCCGACUCCUGGAGCAGCCAGUCAACUUGCAACUCCAGCAGCUUCGUGGCAGGGACCUGGUCGUCAGGAAUUUGACAUUCCCUUGAAUCCACAUAGUGAUGUAUUAUUCGAUGCAGCAUUUGACACACCAACAAGUGAUGCAGACGAUGACUGGGGCGAAUUCGAGGUCCCUGAUUCAGACACGCUACAUGCACAAUCCACUCUUGUACAUUCAUCAACAGCUAUAUCUCCAAAACCAGAGCCUCGGCAAGAUGGUCCGCAAGCUUCUAAAACAAUUGACUUGCUCGAUUCACUCUCAUUGCAAGACUUUGCACCGGCUGUGAAACUUCACUCGAAUAUUACUAAAAAGAAGUAUCCUCUCGAACCUGAUAAUAGCCAAAAUCAGGCGACAUGGGAGGAUGAUUCGUUUGGUGACUGGGGUGAUUUCGCCGAUGUGCCUGCUAGCCAACCUCCCCCCAAGGUCGCCGAGAAGAAAACACGACCACCUACAAAACCGCCUGUCAAAGCCACUAAGCCGCUUGCAUCAACCUGGGAUGACGACACCUUCGACGACUGGGAUGAUUUUUCAGAUGGACCUAGUGUCAAGCCUGUGCCUAAAUCCAAACCCACCACCCCUAGCCCAGCUCCUACUAGCUCUGUUUCUGGGACCACAGCCCCUGCAGCAACCGUGCGUCCAACAAACAUCCCACCACCAUCAAUCCUUCUCGAGUUAUUCUUGGAUGUGUUUGAGAAUCUUCAGAAGGAUGCUACACUCGCAAAAUCCCAACUGCGAUCUUCGGCCCCACUGUCAUCCUCAUCUUCAAGCACCGUUUCAACAACAGCCUUAAAUAUUCACAAUGUACUUCAAUCGGCCGCCCGCGUAAUUGCAGGGCGAAGUCUCCGGUGGAAACGUGACACAAUUCUUAGUCAAAGCAUGCGAAUCGGUCCUGCCCGUUCCGGCAAAGCCGGUGGUAUGAAACUUAACAGCGUGAACAAGCAAGAGAACAUCAAAGAGGAACAAGACGCUGUUGACGUGCUGACUACUUGGCGUGAACGGGCGGCGAUUUUCAAUGCUAUUCUACAAGCGGCGGGCCAGCGGCCAAUCCCUACGAUCCCAGAUCCUAGUGCGCUCAAGGUUAUUACGGCACGGGCGGACCAGGGCGCACUAAAGGCAUCUCAUCCAUGUGCACUCUGUUCGCUUAAGAGAGACGAGCGGGUGUUACGGGUGGAUGAACAAGGUGUUCAAGAUAGCUUCGGAGAGUGGUGGACGGAGCAUUGGGGCCACACAGCAUGCAGGCAAUUUUGGGAGACAAAUCGAAAUCUGCUUGGGCAGCGUUGA